AGGACGUUCGAACUUCGAACCCAUUUCUAACCUAUAAAAUAUGUUAAUGUAUAAAUUGUUACUUGCUUCAUUUAAUCACAUUUAAUUACUGUGCAUCUGCAUGAUCUGCAUAGUUUGAGCAUGAGUAAAUUUUAAUAUAACCUUGGUGCGGUAAAAUGCGAGUGAGCAUCAUGAGCAUGCUAGAAUGUUUAUUGUCUGAGGAGUCAAAGUAUUUUUAUGUACUAGGAAGUAAAUAAACUUUACAAAGUAAUCUACUGCAUUUAUUAAGAAGAUCGCAGUCUGGGUUUUUCCUUUAAUUAAAACUUUCAACUUUAUCUUGUUAAUAUUGAACACUGCUAGUAUGAAAUAAAUAAUAUGGAGGAGAAAACUAAAAACCCCAAAUUUAAGGACCUCAAGGACAAAAUAUCAAAGCCAACUUUGAGUGCUAUCAAAAACAUGGGUUUUAAACAUAUGACUGACAUUCAAGCUGAAGUACUUCCAAAAGCUCUACACGGCGAUGAUGUAGUUGCCACUGCUAAGACUGGCUCAGGGAAAACAUUAGCCUUUUUAAUACCGGCCGUUGAAUCAGUGGCAAAAGCUUUAGUUGAAUCUAAACAGGGUACAUUCUGUAUAAUUAUAUCACCGACGAGGGAACUAGCAACGCAGACAUACACAGUACUACAAGAAAUAAUUUCUUAUUGCGAAUCUAUUACAUCAUCACUUGUAAUAGGGGGGGAAAGCAGGAAGGCACAAAGUGCUGAACUAGCUAAAGGAGUUCAUAUAGUGGUAGCAACACCUGGGAGGUUGUUUGACCAUAUGAGAACAAAAGAGUUUGAUUACAGAAAUGUUACUUGCCUAGUAUUAGAUGAAGCUGAUAAAAUAUUUCAGUAUGGUUUUGAAGAGGAUUUAAAACAAAUCAUUAGCCGUCUUCCAAAAAACAGACAAACCAUGUUGUUCAGUGCAACACAGUCGGAAACAACAGAGGCAUUGAUCAAGUCUGCCAUGAAGGAGGAUGUGCGGGCCAUUAACACCAAUGAAGACAAUGACAGAGCUACUGUUGAAGGACUUAAACAAGGAUAUGUUAUAUGCGAAACAAAAUUCCGCCUGCAUUGGUUACACAAACUGUUGAAGAAGACACAAAACUCAAAGAUUAUGGUUUUCUUCUCAAGUUGCAAGUCUGUGGAGUUUCACUAUGAGUUUCUAAGCAAACACUGCAACAUGCCUGUACUAUGUAUACAUGGAAAAAUGAAUCAAGCGGAUAGAACGGCAACAAUAAAUAAUUUCUACAAUGCCAAAAAGAUGGCUCUCUUCUGUACUGAUUUGGCUGCAAGGGGACUGGACAUACCGGCUGUGGAUUGGAUAGUUCAGUUUGACCCACCCUCAGACACCAAUGAAUACAUUCAUAGAGUGGGCAGGACGGCGCGCGGGCUGGGCGCGGAAGGCCGCGCGGUGCUGCUGCUGAGGCCUGAAGAGAAAGAUUUCGUCGCUCACUUGCGCGACGCGAGGGUAUACCUUGACAAGUACGAGUUAUGGGACCGCUAUAGCGAUUUGUCGUCCACGAUGAAAACAGCGAUGGAAGAUCCUGGAUUCCACAAGUUAGCGAUUGAAGCUUUCGAAGGCUACAUACGAGCGUUCGAAGUUAAAAAGCUAAAGCAAGUCUUCAAUUUACUCAAUAUGGACCUAGACGCUGUUGCCCGGUCGUUGGGGCUCGAUGAGAAACCAGAUGUAGAUAUUCGAGUAGGAUUCAGUAAAAAGCAUAGACCAAGGAAAAGGAUGGCUGCGGUUCUAGCGAACAAGGGCACGGCAGUACCAUCAAAACUAUGUAAAACUUAAAUAAUUUAUUUUAAUAAGUGUAAAUAAAUGUAUUAUAGUAGUUACAAAAUAAAUGUUAAGUAUUAUCAUUAUU